UCCGUCAUUGAGGACAUGGUGGGCCCGGACUGGAGGAAGAGGUGGCUGUACUGGGUGAAGCGCUCCAAAGAGCAGACGAUCCGCAACGAGACCAAAAACGAGCUGGAGAAGAUGAUGAAGUGCAACGAAGAGCAUCCGGCUUACCUGGCCAACGAUGAGGUCACCACCGUCCGGAAGAACCUCGAGGCCCGCGGGGUGGCCGUGGACCCCUGCUUGAUCAAGGACACCUGGCACCAGGUCUACAGGCAGCACUUCCUGAAAGCCGCCCUGGGCCACUGCAACCUCUGCCGGAGGGGCUUCUACUACUACCAGAGGCACUUUGUGGACUCGGAGCUGGAGUGCAACGACGUGGUUCUCUUCUGGCGCAUCCAGCGCAUGCUGGCCAUCACCGCCAACACCCUGAGGCAGCAGCUGGCCAACACCGAAGUCAGGCGCCUGGAGAAGAACGUCAAGGAAGUGCUGGAGGACUUUGCGGAGGACGGUGGGAAGAAGGUGACGCUCCUGACGGGGAAGCGAGUGCAGCUGGCCGAGGACCUCAAAAAAGUCCGGGAGAUCCAGGAGAAGCUGGAAGUCUUCAUCGAAGCCCUUCAUCAGGAGGAGAAGUGACGGCUUCCCCAGGAAGGAAGGAAGGAAGGAAGGAAGGAAAAGCUCCCGGGAGGGCGGAACAGCUGCUCUGCGGUUUGUGGUGGUGAGCGUCCCUCUGCUGAACCGUUUUGGACUCUGCCGGAAUGUUCCAG